CUGUAGUAGAAACGCCAGCGAUACAGAUGCUGCCCUUUCCAUUCUUUCGAAUCUUGAAAAAAAAAACAAGAAUACAUUUGUUAAUACGGAACGCAUCGUUAUAAUUGUAGUCUCCUGUUGGCCUCGUGAUAUAAUCCUUCACAUGUGAUUCCUCAAGUUUAACAAAAACAGUCGGUUUCGAUGCUUAGUCUUGAAGAACGAGACAUGGGUAAGUUAGCAUCAUGUGUGACUCAUCAAGUUUAGACAUGGAUGAUGACAAAAUAUGACACCGACCGAGGUACCUGAUGUUGGGGAGUCGCGUAACUCUCUCCGGCGGCAGGCGAGGCCACGGUUGCGCACACAGCCGUGAAGAGUAGUUGCAUUCCUGAAGUCUCGACAAGCCAUAGAUUGUUGAAAAUAUAACGAGUACAUCUUGGUGAAAACUAGACCACUGCCGAGACCGGGACGUGGGUCCAGCCCUCGACAUGGAGGCCACCAGUGGUGUGACACAACGUGGCCUGCCGCAAGGUAAGGAAGCUCCUCGGGAGCUGUGGAUCACAGGCACAAGCGCAGCGACCAGCUCGAGCAACCGGCGCUGGGAUCUUUCUGCUCCGGGCCACGGCAAAGGAUCAGUUAUGGCUACAAAUUUGGUAGGCCGUUAGUGUGCGCAUCAAUUUCUCAAUGAAUCGCCAUCACGGUUUUUGGGCUUAGGUAUGUCCAUGUGUAUUAGCAUCCCCUUGUUAAGGACGACCCUGGUACUAGUAACCUUCUUCACCCUCUCUAAUCGUAAUCGCGCGCCUCUACGUCCUGCCGGCGAUGGUUCAGUGCUGCGGGACACCAGGAUCAGGCCGAAGGGCUCACGAGUAAGCGGGUGCUCAGGCGCCCACAGUAUCGGGCGGACGGGCCGACGCGUCGGCUCAGCUGUGGUGUGCUUUGAAGCGGUUUCGGCACUACAUCGCAAGGACAAGCGUCAGAGACGAGCAAAGAGCUUGGCGCAAGUUUUUAGCUCGAAAGGAGAAAGCACGUCACCAGCUGAACGGCCGUAUGGCUCAGCGGGUGAACUCACCGCGAAUUCGGCUGCGCAGAGCUUCAGCACUGGCGGCGAUGCGGAAAAGGCCAGUGCCCUAAACGUACCAGGAAAGCAACGCGGGCACGACAAAAGGAAAAAGACGGCCGAGGGCAAGCAGCGACCAGACAAGAGAGAGCCAGCGGAAGUAAGAGGUACUCAUUUGAUUUUCCGUCGGGGUCACAAGAAGCAUCCAUGACUAACGCUGUAUGCAUAGCAGAGCGAGUUAGAAGAGCUCAUUUGACGCCGUUUCACUGUUGUAUCCCUUCUGUGUACCGGUUAGUCUCUACCAUCCUUUCUCAUUACCGCUCACUCUUACCUACCCAGAUGGGACAGCGCGGCCGACGCAUGCCGGUACCACGGAGGAGGCUGCUGGCCGAUCUCAGGAUUUUUCCAUGCAAGUCACUAGCGGAGACGCAGGGGCCAGCACUGAUGAAAUCCGUGGGGGCGUAGCUGGUGCCGUUGAGAGUCUCAGUUUGGCCGAGUUCGCCGGCGCCGAGGAAGAUCCGGACUUAGCUUUGAUUUUAUGGGAAAACUUUGCUUGGCACCUCCCUUUCCUUUGAGUUGGUUUGACUAUAUAUUCCAGAUGCAGUUGCGCACGCAUUAUGACUUCAUAGAACUGGAGUAGCCUUCUAAACUUACUUAAUAUGGUACUGUACGUAUAAAAGACGCAAGCUCCAUACUCAUCUCGGUUGGAAGAUUAGUUUUGCGUGAGGUAUUCGUGCUCUUGGCUUCUCUAAAAAGUGCGACGGCAACGUACACCACGACAGGCGGAAAGCUGAAGAUGUUGCGGCGCUCAUCUUCGACACCGCCGUCACUUUUUGGGAUGGUGGUAGCAGUGUCUAGAGAGAUGGCCGAUGGGUUUGACGCUUUGCGGCGCCGAGCUAUGGGACUUUUUUGGGCGCGUGCGCCUUCGGAAGCUGGCCGAACUGAGGGCAGCUCGCUAGAUUUAUGAAAGGGUGGAAAGAAUGAGAUUUUUUUCAAUUUUUCGCAAUGUUCUACGCCCCUAUGCGACUCAGGGGGAAAAAGACGACAUGAACUUUAGUCCACGUUUGAGAUUAGUUUUAGUGUUCACUUCCAUAGCCUCAAAGAUAACUCUGGCUUUUCCCACUAUGUGUGGUUUUUGGUUGAUAUAUGAGGAUGAGUUAGACGGUGUUGCUCUAUUCUUGGUAUUCAGGAUAGCUGUUCGUUGGCGUAGACUGUGCAAGCCUGUUGGUUUUACUAGUACUGGUAAAGUAGCCAACGGCGCGAUUCACCCUGAGUUGCUUGUUGUCUCUUGCUGUCCCGCAGGGAUUUGCCCUCUUUCAUAUCUCAGUGGCACCACAAUGCUGCAAUUGCAGCUGCAUGAUAACGCAGCAGAGCUGCAGCCGACAAUCAAUGACUUCUUUGGAAAUCGCGAGAUUGGCAGGAAGCUGCAAGAGCUGUGGGCGCGUGCGAGUGAGGGCCAAGGGCGUAACAACGUAUUUACGCAGGAUAAAGCUCUGACGCUCUUGGACACGCCGGGCGCCACAGGCGAAGAUGUGAAGUUUUAUUACGAGUGUGUACCCGCCUCAAAGUCCGACUCCUACGAUUGGGAGUUUGAGCCAGCUCGCGCCCAGGGCGGGGACCAGCCGCAAUACACUCCACAUGACGAAGGCAUGCAUAUAAAUUUACCGAAUUCUGCUGCGAACAAUGGAAUGGCUUCUACGCUAGAUUUGCAUAGUGUUCAGGAGGCACGCUCGUGUCGAAUCUACGCCGUGAAAAGCAUUGAUUCGAAGACCUCCGUGGGUAAGAUGAACGCUGGAUUUCUUCUGGUACGCACGCAGAAUAUGGCUUCCACGGGCAGGGCGCUUGGUGCUUCAUCUUCUGUUACGGGCAACAUUUCUACUUUGUCACCCAUGGAUCGGAAGUAGGAUUGAGUAAUUGGGAUAGUGCGGCUGCUAAUGAUGAGAAUGGUGCUGAUCGUUUUGAUGUUUUGGGGAGGGUCCUUUAUCUACUGUGCUGUUGCUGGUCGUGGGAAGGGGCCCUAGAUGUUCGGUGAUGUUAGAUGCACUAUGACAGAUGUGAAGAAAUAACGAUGGUCUAAUUUUUGGGAAUCGACAGAGUCCAGGAAGCUGUUCUGCAAGAAAAUGAAGAAUGUGCGAUCUGGAUCGGAAUGCGCUGCCGCGAAGCAUUUUGUGGAGGAGUGGCGGGAGAAUGCUCGCGCGCAUGGAUGCAGAAGAUGCGUCAGCGUGGGGGUUCCUUUUUGCCGACAAAAGUUGAAGAGUCCGCUCAUUGGCGCAGGGUUGAUGGCGCUCUGCAUGGAUCCCAUGGAACGCGCAGGCGACCAGAACUUUGUCGCGACGUUGGCCAUUGGGGACGCGUCUGAUGUCGAGUUAGGAGGGGAUGGGCAGCACAGCGUCUUGUGGUGGACGUGGGAAAGUGUCAGAGCUCUGACGAAGGCGGGACUCUUUCACCGAGACAUCAAACGCGAUAACUUCCUCGUGCUACCACAGGCGGGAGGGGAGGCUCCUAUCUGGAUAGCCAGUGACAUGGGCCUCGCGUGCUGGACGUUAUCGAGCAAUGGCAAGAGCCGGGGCGUGAUGAGGUGCAUCGAGGCCAUGAACCUGGGCACGCCUCAGUACAGUUCUCCCGAUCAUUUCAGUAGAAGCGACAGCGCAGAACUGCGUGCAGGAGCGGCUGCAAGGGGAGACUCGUUCAGCUGGGUGGUCAUGAUCAUCGACGACGUUUUGACGCAGUGCACGGGCCUCGCAGACCCACAAGACCGGCUGUCGGCUAUCGAGAUGCUGCUGGGGUACUGUCGAAUGGUCCAACCCCACGGCACAUCGUUCGAGUCAGCUUAUGGAACUCCAGCAUCAGAAUAGGCUUUCUGUCAGGUUGCCCGUGGCGUAGACAUCUUACAGAACACUGCAACUGCGUUAUCUGGAAUGCAAAUAAUGCGCAAAAAGUGAAACCGCAAGAAAGCUCAUCCGUAUCAAUUCUAAUCACAUCACGAAGCGCGUGUCGAGGAGUGGUCUAAGUUAGUGGAGUUCGGCAAUGUGUGCGAAAACACAUGCGGGCCUCUCGGCCUAUGGGGGGAGGAUCCUAUUUUGUUUACGGUGUGACAACGCAACGAUUGCUAGCCAUAUGAAUGCGUGCGUGCUGUGUAAUAAGUGCCGCCGUAUGCAGGUAGUGUGAUUGUGCUUCGUGAUUUCUGCUUAUCUUCAAGCAACGGCAAUUCGCGUAAGUUGGUAGACACUCUCAUAUCGUAUCGACUGGGAACCGCAGGCUCUGAUGUCAGGGAAAGCAAGAGCAAACAGGGCUGGAACCCCUUUGCCAACAAAAACCAGAGAAGGGUUGCGCCGUUUAUGGUGUGACAACGAUAAUUACUAGACGUUUGGGAGCGCCGUAAGUGUUUAAUAUUAAGUUCGGUCGUAUGUUGCAAGUAGUCCUGACUGUGUUUCUUGAUUUUUGCUUCGCUGCAACCGAUGCCAAGCGGCAUAAGCAGGUAGACACUCUCAUAUCGUAUCAACAGGAAAGCGAGCCCCGCAGCAAAGCCGGCGAAAUGUUGUUUGAGUUAUGGCGUGUGAACGUUUGUGUUUUGCGGGUCUUGCUUGUUGUUUGACUUGUCGGUGGUCGUAGUGGAAGAAUUGGAGCACUCUCGCCUUAGCUCUCUUGAGCGGGACCGGGACAGUUGUUAUUCCUUAAUUUGUGGGUCUGCAUGUGAUGCAGCAAUUCUCAACAUGAUAUUCUUCGCGCUUCAUUUACGUGGAUCAAGAAGAAAUCGAGUGCCCCAGAACAUCUGACGGCCAAAUGCGGAUCGAUCCAGAAAGCUCUCGUGGAGACGAGGUUGAAGCCUCUGGACCACGUGGACGCUGCCCGCGAGCGCGAGGCAGUACCGGCGAUCGACUUGAUGGCGCAAGCGCUUUUGGGCAACCCAUGGAACUUGGCUUACGAUAAGGGCGACAAGCUCUUUUACGCCUGGGACAAGGCAAAAGAGUCUCCUUCCGGAUGUCCUAGGAGUCCUGCUAGUGAUUUGCUACGCUGGCUGAGUGAUCCACGUCCGCGUCCCCUGUUCGGCAAAUGGUAAACGAAUAAGAAGAGGAGGAAGGUGAUGAUCCUAGUCGUAUGAGUAUGAAGACCAUCAACAUGAACGUGAUGGAAAUCAUUGCAGUCCCAUGGUGACAAAGAUCACGGCACUGGAAUGCCAUGCCAAUGAUGUGGGUUUCUAUCGUGUUACUUAUGAACAAGAAGGCCCACACAUUUGACAACUUUGCAACCGCAUGAGAAUCAUGCAAAACCUUCACGAUUUGCACAACUGAAACAGGCCGGGAAUUAUAUAGGAAACGCAUCGCCUUGAGGGUGAAAAUAAGCAGCCCUAGCGUUCACAGACACUGCGAAAAUAGCAAUUGCUGCGUAGGUAGUCAGUGUUUGAAGGUUGUAGAUCCAAGCUUUUUCCUCGUCUGUCGGUGGGCGGAUGUUUUGAAAGUGAAGGAUGUGGGGUUCGUAGGUUUGCGUCGUUUACGAAGGAACAAGUAGAUUUCGAGUUGUUGCAGGUAAAUGAUGCUCCGGCUAUUGCUGCUACGGAGUAGGGCUCGUUGUCGCCAUGCUACAUACCUGUGAAGAAAGUGAUAUGUGAUAGAGCUAGUGAUGAGAAGCUUCAAACUAGCUGUAAUUUGUUAGUGCUAGUACCAUAUAAUUGCCCCUACUUCGAAUUAAGAAGUUAGUAAAAAACUACAUAAAUUCGUUGUCACUGGGGCUCAAUGCUGGAGCUCAGAAUUUUGAUUCAAUUUCAUUUACUCAGGAAAAAGCUGAGACCACUAUGUUAUUUUCAUAUUUAUUGAAAGUGGAAACAGAAGACGAAUACGGCCGUAACCGAAUUCACGUGACUUUGCUAUGUAAUGGGAUGUCGUCCUUCAUAGUCAGGUCGCCGAAAGAGGCCACAAUCGAACUACAGAGGUUGAACAGUUGAGAUGGAAUGUAAAGAAAUAUAGAGACUUCUCCAAAGAAGUAUCAAAUGAAAAAACAGGCACAUUCCAUAGCAAAUAUAGUACUCAAGUAUGCAUGUAGCUGCUCAAUAAAAGAAUUGGAAUUAUUUUAACGCAGUUUCUUUCACAAAUUAUACAGCACAACAAUGUCUUUUUGUUUCGAAUUACGAGAAGAAUGAAUGUAGUAAGCCGUUACGUCUAACGUACAAAAGUACGCAUAGUUUUCUUACACAUGGCUGUACAGGGCAAUCGAAUGCAUGCUAUGGUUGUACAGUUGCAUUGACCACCACCAAAAUAUCAUGUCGGAUGAGUUUCACAUCAACCUGCACGAACUGUGCGCAGAUUAAGGCAGCUCGUGCGUUUGGCCUGGAAGUCUAGGAUCUUGAGAAGUCGCGGAACUGUGUGUUGGAUGACUCUUACAGAGUCGAAGUCGACGUGUUGCUGAAGAUGACCUUGGUAAAAAAACAAGGGCGUGG